AUGUCCUUCUCCCAGUAUCAAGAUCAAGAUGGUGCAGUCCAGUCAGCAGAUCGAAUUCCCUGGGAUCCCAAUUGCUCAAUCUUCCCCUCCAGAAAGGACCUGCCCCAUAUACCUGGUGCUCCCAAAGAUGCUGCGUGGGUAUGGGGAGAGAAUGAUCAGAUCGGACGGUUAAACUUGUUGACAACCACACGUGUCAAAGAUGCGGCCUCUUCAGAGAUCAAGACUGGCCAAAUGAUCCGGCUAGAUCUUCCCCUAGGUGUACCCAACCCCCCUGCAUUCGGUCGUGCAGGCUUUGUGCACAAGAUCAAGCCCUUACAAGAAAACCUCAUCUACGAUGAUCUGUACGAGUCAUUGAACACACAGAGCAGCACGCAGUGGGAUGGAUUCCGGCAUUUUUCACACCUUUCCUCGGGACUGUUCUAUAACAGUGCCACAGCCACCGACAUCACAGGCUCGACCCCAACCCUCAACAACAGCAUCCACCACUGGUCCGCCACCCACGGCGGCAUCGCUGGCCGCUGCCUCCUCCUAGACUUCUACACCUACGCCCAGACCCAUGGCCUCACCUACGACCCCUACCAAGGCAGCGCCAUUUCCUUCACCGACCUCCAGGCCUGCGGCCACAGCCAGGGGAUCAACAUCCUACCCGUCUCCCAAGGCGGGGAUAUCCCCGUGGGCACGAUCCUGAUGAUCCGCUCGGGGUUCGUGGCCAGGUAUAAUCAGAUGUCUCCAGAGAAUAGGGCCGAUAUCCUUCAGAACGAGAAAACUGCGUAUGCGGGGCUCAAGCAGGAGGCGGCGAUACUGGACUGGCUGCAUGAUUGCUACUUCGCGGCGGUGGGAGGGGAUGCGCCGGCGUUCGAGCGCUGGCCACCCCAAGAAGAGUAUUUUCUGCAUGAGUACGUGUUGGCAUUGUGGGGGAUGCCGAUUGGGGAAAUGUGGGAUCUGGAGCGCGUGGCUGCGUUGUGUCGCCAGUUAGGUAGGUGGACUUUCUUCAUGACGAGUGCGCCGGCCAAUGUCGAAGGUGGGGUUAGUUCGCAGGCGAAUGCGAUGGCGAUUUUCUAA